ACAUGAACUGAGACCGCCCAACAAACGUACAACUGAAUCAAAAACAUGCUAGACGACUGCAGAAUGACACUCAGACUGCCUGAACCCGAGAAACCGUUUACAGUGGCCACAGACGCAACUGAUCAUGGUAUAGGUGCCGUCUUGAGUCAGUCUGAUAGAGUAGUGGAAUGCGUGAGCCGUGUUCUCACACCCGCUGAACAGAAGUGGACGACAACAAGGUUAAGAAAAGAGAGGAGGGUGGCAGUAAGGAACGUGGGAAAGAAACAAAUAUCAGACACAAAGAAGGCGGAACAACAGAGGUGGACGUGGAAGUCUUUUGCAGUGGUGGACCUGGUAAAGUGUGAAGAACGGAAAAAUAACGUAGCAGGGAGAUCAGGGUCAGGAAAUCUGAUUUCGAAGUGGGAAGAACAGACCAUUGUCAUGGAGAGACGUAGCUCGGUUUACACGAUCCGGAGAGAAGACAAACGGAAGCGCGUAAAUGCCAUUCAACUGCAGAAAUGGUUUCAAGAUUAUCAGGAGUGCGAGUCACGAACAGCACCAAACAAGACAGCGGUACGGAGAUCAGAAAGACUGCGAGAACAGCAUAGUAAAACGGGGGAAGAGUGUGGAGUGUACUACUUAUACUGGCAUAAGUAGUAAAUGACGCGAGUCGGGAAUAUAAUGUCUGG